CUGAGACAGACAAUAUUCUGUUACAUUGUAGCAAAAUGGCGACUGUCAUUCACAACCCCCUGAAAGCGCUUGGGGACCAGUUUUACAAGGAAGCAAUUGAACAUUGCCGUAGUUAUAACUCACGGCUGUGUGCAGAACGCAGUGUGCGGCUCCCCUUCCUGGACUCACAGACCGGGGUGGCCCAGAAUAAUUGCUACAUCUGGAUGGAGAAGAGGCAUCGGGGCCCAGGCCUCGCUCCAGGCCAGCUGUAUACAUACCCUGCCCGCUGCUGGCGCAAGAAGAGGCGAUUGCAUCCUCCCGAGGAUCCAAAGCUUCGACUUCUGGAAAUCAAACCUGAAGUGGAGCUGCCCCUGAAGAAGGAUGGGUUCACCUCAGAAAGCACCACACUGGAAGCCUUGCUGCGAGGUGAGGGUGUGGAGAAGAAGGUGGACACCAGAGAGGAGGAGAGCAUCCAGGAGAUCCAGAGAGUUUUGGAAAAUGAUGAAAAUGUAGAUGAAGGGAAUGAAGAGGAAGAUCUAGAAGAGGAUAUUCCCAAGCGGAAGAAUAGGACCCGAGGACGGGCUCGUGGCUCUGCGGGUGGCAGGAGGAGGCAUGAUGCCGCCUCUCAGGAGGACCACGACAAACCUUACGUCUGUGACAUCUGUGGCAAGCGCUACAAGAACCGGCCAGGACUAAGCUACCACUAUGCUCACACCCACCUGGCCAGCGAGGAGGGGGAUGAAGCCCAGGACCAGGAGACGCGAUCCCCACCUAACCACAGAAAUGAGAACCACAGACCCCAAAAAGGACCAGAUGGGACAGUCAUUCCCAAUAACUACUGUGACUUCUGCUUGGGGGGCUCUAACAUGAAUAAGAAGAGUGGGCGGCCUGAAGAGCUGGUGUCCUGUGCAGACUGUGGACGUUCUGGUCACCCGACCUGCCUGCAGUUCACCCUGAACAUGACCGAGGCUGUCAAGACCUACAAGUGGCAGUGCAUAGAAUGCAAAUCCUGCAUUCUCUGUGGGACCUCGGAGAAUGAUGACCAGCUACUCUUCUGUGAUGACUGUGACCGUGGCUAUCACAUGUACUGUUUAAACCCCCCAGUGGCUGAGCCCCCAGAAGGUAAUGAUGAUGAGGUCAACAAUAACAACAUCAGCCACUACUCCUACCACUUACUGAGCCCUCACUAUGGUGCAGGCCUUGUGCUAAGGGCUUUGCAUGUCUUGUCUCAUUUAAUCAUCACAACCUUAUGAGGAAGCUGGAGCUGCCACUUAUGCUGGGAGCUGCUCAAAGAGAAAGCCUCAGCCUUUGGCUGCCAGGCCUAGAGCCCCAGGUCACAGAGUGACUUGAUGCUGGAGAGGCUGAGCCAGAGCCCAGAUCGAACCAGAUGAAGCCCUCCUCCCACAUAUCCAGACAGACCAACUUUAGGGAAAAUGAAUACUCAUGGAAGGGUGUGGACACGUGGAACCCAGAGGGUGAGGUAUGUUCUUACCUCUGCCCCACAGAUGGUACUUCAGCCAGCACCUCCUUGUUUCUACCAGAAGAAUUUUGCACUUUUGAAGAACAACUCCAACCCCAACCCCAGUCCUGUGGAACCCCUCUCACUUUUACCUUAGUACUGUGACUCUUUCACUGGUUUCCAUUUUAAGGGAAGCCAUUUUGUGACCACUCAUCAAACACUUGUGUGCAGUUUGGUGUUUUUUUUUUUUUUUUUAACCUAUUGUGUUCUAAGACAUCUUUGCACAGCUUCUUCACCUCCAGCUUAGGCUCUUCAUCCUAGAUUUUCACCAGAGGAACAAAGUACUGUGGAGAAGUUGUUGCUUAUUUCAAGCCACUGGAAAAUUCUAGAAUUGGAUCCUGGAGGCCAUCUUGAGGAUGGAGCCUUGAAACCCCUUCUUGUUCCUUGAUCUUUGUGAAGAGGAAGAACUUAACAUUGGCUUCUACAGCUGGGGUAGUCUUGAUUGACUGCAUUUUCACUUGAUAGGGGAUGGGGAGGGACUGAGAGAUGGAAAGAAACAUUGAUAAAUAAUGUUAAGGCUUGCUAUAGCCAGGCAGUGUUUAUUAUUCAUGAGGAGAGACUUGGCAAGGGACCGGGCUAGUUCCUUACCCUUCAGAGCUAAGGAAUCCUUGAGGUGAGAGAAACCACAGCCUAUGGUUAGAAGAAGAUGUUCAAGACUCUGCCUCCAACUGACCUGAUUGUACAGGCCUGGCUCAGCUUCUCCUGGUGGGAAUCAAGCACCAAUCAAAUGAGCAAAGGCUCCCACUCACACGUCCAAAUGAUGGAUACAGGGGCCUCAGCUUUGAGAAACUCUUCAGUAUUGAUGAGACACUACGAAUUCCUUUUCCCAAGUAAUUUCUUCCUUCCACAUGGUGUAAGUUUGCUAUUGUCUACAGAGAUCUGACUGAAAAUUUUAGGAUGGAGGAUGGAUAAUUGUAACUUAAAUGAAUGGUUAGGGUAAUGUGAUUAUUUGUAAUAAGGUGGCAAUGAUUUUGAACCCUCAACAUGUAGGCUAUUCUUGUCUCCUAAACUCCCAUAUGAGCUGGACUCUUUUCUUUUCUUCUUUUGUAAUGUUUCCAGAAGAAGGAGGUGGGGAGCCGUAGAUUCUGAGAACUGUGUUUUGGAGGACAGCUCUGCAGGCUGGAGUGGCUUGGACUGUCUUUGAAUCACAGCAACAGCAACAAUAACUAACACAUUUCUGGAAAAAUCAUUUGCCCAAAGGGCAGGUCUCCAUGAGUGGGGCCCUCGCGCAUGCUCAGUGCUCCUGAAAUCAGCUCCAUCUCUGUGGUCCAGCAGCGUACAUCAAAGACCCAGGUUAUUUUUAGUCAUUUGGCUCCUGAAGUAGCCCCUGGAGACUCGGGCUAGUUGGGCCGCUUCUGCCUGGCUGUAGUGUUGCUCUGUGACUCGGCAGGAGCUAUCCAAUUGCUAUUGGCCAGUGGACCCAGGGCAGCCUGGCGCUGAGCCAAACCAUGUGGUUCUUUCUCUUUCUCCUCUGCAGAAUGACCUGUGGCAAAAGAAUGGGGGUCACUCUCCUGCAGGCCCCUUGGCCUCAGAGUGAGUUACACUCAUAUGUAAUGAUUUCUUUUAAAGGGGCCCUGUCCAGAUGGGAUUUUCAUCUUCCUCAUAAGCUAUUUUCUUCCUCCUGAUAGUUGGUGAGCUGGUCUGGAUUCUGAAGGUCCAAGGCAGGGCUGGAAGGGUCAUUUUGGAGGGGCACAUUUUGUUUCCUGACUGUUCUGUCUCACUGUCCUUCCACAAAACCCAAAGCAAGGUCUCCUCAAAGGCUGAUUAUUGGUUUGAAGAGUCAUUUUAAACUGAUUACAAGAAAAGAAUUCCUAAAUAUUUCCAAAUGCCAUAGUGUCUUAAAAGUUGAAAAGACAAAUCUGAAAUCAAGAAUCGUGGCUUCAUAACUUGACAGGGCCUUUUUUGGAGAAUGUGCAAAUCCAUUCCCCAUGGCAAUGCAGAUGAUGGGUGUCUGCUCUACCCCCAGCCAUGUCUGCCCAGCUCAUGGAGCUGAGGGUGGAUGAGUCUCUCAAGCCAAGGUAGGGCACUGAAGCUUGCCUGCCAUUGCAUGGCUGGUCUGGGCUCUGGGAUCACAUUAGAAAAUCCCCAGGCUUCUGUUCUCAGUUAUUGCUCCCUGCAGAGUGGGAAGUAAUGAACUUCUCCUUCUUUGUGGGCCUCAAUGUCCCCAUCCAACGUGGGUAUAGCAGAGCAGCUUGCAGAAUGGCAUUGCUGGGGUUGUGCAAGCAGACUAAAGUGUCCACAGUCACAUUUAUUACCUUCUGCAUUGGUAAAAGAAAGCUGUUGGUAGAUUUCAGAUUGGUCUGCUUAUUUGAACCCCUGAGAAUGAGAUGGAAUCCUAAGGUACAUGUGAAGGAUCAGGGUUUCAGUGUUGCCCCUGCCACUGAAUAACUGUGAUCACAGGCAAGUCACUUAACACCCCUAAACCUCACUUUGUCCACCUAUGAAAUGGAGAUGGUAACUCUUGCCCAGUCGGUUCCUGCUGGGAGUCUUAAAAAUAUUUCGUGAGCAACCACUGCAGAGCACAGCUGAUCUGGGCAGGACUCCAAAUGCUUUUUAUGUCUGCCUUCUCAUGUGACAGCCAAGUUAGAUGCCUUCUUGGGAUCUCCCUUAGACUCAAGGGGAUUUAUAUUCAAGAGGCCAGGCUCCCUAUAGUGAUGGCCAUUAGGCCAGGGCUGUGACCAAGGAGAUUGACUUUGCAUAGGCAUCUUGGGAGGUGGGAUUUACCAUGUGGCUGAGUGCUUCCAAAUGAAGAUACUCCAGAUACUCCCUUCUACAAGAUUAAACAGCUUGGAAUGGAAAGCUCCCUUCUGCAGAGAGUAGAGUUCAUUUCCCCUCAGGUGUCACACUCACUCUUACCUUGACUUAAAGCCUUGCUCUGCCUUGUUCUAACUGGUUGAUCUUGGGAAAGUGACUUCCUCUCUCUGAGCCUCCUGACCCACAUGCUCUGUGUAGCCACGUGACUGUAGGGAUUAGAGUAAUAGUGGCAUUGGUGUGGUGUAAUGCAGGCUCCCAUUCUGUGGUAGCAAUUGUCAUUUUACACAGAGGCCUCUAAAUGAUGCUAUUGCCUCCCAGCUCAAAUCUCUGGAAUAGCCAGGGGCCUCUGCUCCACUUAAUCCCUGGGUCUCCAAGCAGGCCAGAGAGGGGAGGCUGCAGGAACUGCUGGAAGAUGAAAUCCUGCUUCUUUCUUGCAUUUUUUUUGGUACUGGGGAAUCGAACUCGGGUCCUUGCCCUUGUCAGGCAGGCAGUGCAACCACUGAGCUAAAUCCCCAGCUUUCUUGACAUUUUUGAAACACUAAUUUUUGAGCCUGUAGUAAAUCCAGGGAAGGCAGCUUUGUGAGGAAAGAGAAACUAGGCCCCUGUUCAGAGAUUUAUAUUCCAGCCCUCUUUCUCCACCAGGCCCUGACUCUCAGCACCUGAGGCAGGAGUCAGUGAGCCCCAAGGCUCUGCUGUUCUGUUGCUGCCUGGGGCCAGGUAGGAGCCCACCCACGCAAGGUUGCAGAGCUGGGCUGCAGAGAGCAGCUGCUUCCUGUGGCUCAGGCUCAGACCCCUGUGGGUAGAUGGGAGGGAGGCCAGGUUCCCUCAGAGCUAGGGAAGAUAGCUGGUUUUGAUAGCUGGUUUUGAUAGCAGAGAGGGUCUGCAUUUCACAGUGAAGGUCCUGUGACACCCUGGGGAGUUUCACUUCUGGUGCAUUUCUUAUCUACAUGCUUUGAAUUCAGCAUGGUUCCUUCCAGCCCUCCCCUUAAAAAGUCCAGAUAUUUUAAGGAAGAAAAAUGACAUGGUUGUUAUUACUUUUCCUUUGGGGCCAAGUUUAGGAGACCUGUGCUCUUCUGUGUUGUUGAAGAAAGAUUACUGGCUACCUCAGGCUCCAGACUCAGAUAAAAGGGACUGCAAGUCUCUUCUUGGAGUCCACAUGUGCUUGGCUGGUGGCCCAGGCAGGUCCUGAGGACCACCUUGCUUGCCACUCCCCAAGCCUGUUCUAGCUUGUUUCUAGCUUGUGCUUCCCUUUCCUCUCCCACUACCCUGAUACCCAACCUUGGCCCCUCCUUAGAGAAUCGCAGUGUGCACCUCAAGGGUGAAGUUGACUCCCCAUGGCCAGAACUACAUUCUCUCUCUCACUGAAGAUGUCCUGAAUCCCAGGCCUAGCUCUUCUCAGGGGUAGCACAUUGGUGUCACCUUUAGUACUUUAGUAGGCUGGCAUGCCUUGGUAUACAGUGAGGAAGGGGACCUGGGAAGAAGGGUCAGUCCUGUCCCCUGCAUCUGGCUGAGUGACAUGACCCCCCCCCCCGCCCCGCCCAGAUCUCACUGUGUUACACUUUUUGGAAUUUUUCUCCCACUCACAAAGGAUGCCUUUGGUUUUCAGAUAUCCAAUUGCAUUAGUAUACCAGGCAAGGAAUGAGGAGGAUGGUAGGAAGGAACAGACAUUUUAAUUCAUCUCAGUUUGCAAGUCCUCUCAACCAAACCCCAACUGUUCUAGGGUCUUUUUAUCUGUCCUCCGAAGGUGGGGUCUGUAGCUGUCUGAUUUGGGGCUCCCUCCCUCUUUCUGAGCAUUCCUAGGCUUUCAGUAUGUUUACGAUUCUCUGCCCUGAGUAUAGAAACAACAGUCUGGAUGGAUUGGUUCAGGGCCUUUGGGGCAGCUAGACGGGGGCCUCUGAGAGCUGGGAAUCCUUUUCUAAGGAGGCUGGAGAUCCUCUGGUCUUUAUGAGGCACAGGUGGGAUACUUGCUCAGAGAGGAAGGAGGGGAUAGGAGGAGGCAAGUGCCAAUGGUUCGGCACCUGGACCUGGGAGGGUGAAUAGAGCCCCCCUGUGGAGCGCCUCAGCAGCUGCUCCCAGGAAGCCUUGGCUGUGGGGCUCCUUUGAAUGCUUCUAGCCAGGCUGUGAAGAAAGAGUCAGAGGAAAGGCCUUCAGGAAGCCCUGGCAGCAGUUGUGAUGGGGUCCCUGCCUGCCAGUUCCACAUCAAGUGAGUUUUCCAGGAGAAUAAGACUGAGGUGAUCCCCAGUGCCUCCGAGACUGUGAGGGAUGUCACAGGCCAGAGGGCCCCGGAAUGCCUGUUGGUUUAAUCUCUGUCCCCACCUCCCUCUCUUUCUUUGCUCCAAUGCCUGAUGGAAGUUGUGGGGCCAGUGGCCUUGAAAGAGGGACAUUCCAUGGUUUCCCCUGCUUUGGCCUCACCACGAAAAAGCAGUGUUUGUGCUAAUGGUGACAUUUUCCAGGGCAGGGCAGAGGAAGGCAGCACUGGGACUGGCAGGCAGCCAGAACCCUCUUGGACAGAAAUUUAAUUACUAAUAAUGCCUUCUAGCCCAGGCAGUGAGCAAGAUGGCUGUCCAGGUUGGCACCAGCUCAGCCUGGCAAGUAAGUGGAGCAGUGGGCAGGCAAUAAUCCCUGUAGGAAGAGGGGGUGGCUGUAAGCCCCUGGGGCCUGUGUAUUCCCUCAACAACACAACCCUACACUCCCUGAGUUAAAUUUACACUCUCCAUAUCUCCUUAGCUCAACUCUCUGAAUGAAUAUUAACAUCCACGAGAACAGAGAUGUGUGUGUACGCCUGUGCACGCACACAACCUGCUUGAUGAAUCAAAGGCAACUGUUGAUGUUGCCCCAGGAUGGGAGAUUCAGCAGCUGUCAGAUGCAGUCUGUGCAGUCUUCAGCAGCCCAGGAACUCAAGUGCCCGGCCCCUGCACAGCCACAGGGGUUGUUGUAAAGGGGGCCUUGAGCUGAGAAAGCCAUUGGUUCCACCAACUCUCUCCACCUCUCCUCUCACUCACCUCUGCUUCUUUGGGAGAGAUAUUUAGUAAUAGUUGAGGACUUGUAAAAAAUGUCACAAUUCUGCUAUCAAAGGGAUGCAAAGACUAUGGCUAGAAUGGGGGCUGGGGUUUUUAUUGACUUCAUCGUUUCAUGCUUAUUGCCCGCUGAGACCUUUGUUUUCUGCUUCUCCUGCCUUUCCCUUCCCUGUACCUUUCCCUUUCUUCCCUCCUGCCAAGCAGGAUGCUGAAGAGCAGAGCGGUGGUGGAACAAAACAGUGGCAUAAUCCAAGAGAAGAAAAUAUAGCUGUGUGCCUUUUCAACAUGUAGUUGAAGAGGUCUAAAUUAGGGCCUACAAAAUAAGCAGAGGAAACAUUGCUAGAUAAUGUGUGAGUGAGUGCACAAAAAUAUGGAACAUUUAUCUCAGAGCUCAGGAGGUAGGGAACAGGUCGGGGAGGCAGGCAGGGAGUCCUGGCUAACCAGUGCCCCUGGUCCAUGGGGCACUUGGGGAGGAUGCUUGGGAAAGAACUGAUCAGUGUUUAUGAAGCACUUGUGCUCCUCUGGCAGGGAAAGGGGUAUCCAUCUUAGCUGUCCACCACUUACCUGCUGUGUGUCCAUGCUGGGUGUUUUGUCUCUGAAAGCAAAUGGGCACAUCUCCUGCUUGCCAAGAGUGAUUGCUGCACAGACUGGUAUUGGCUAAAACACUUGGCAGGGCCUCGACUAUGUGCAAAGCAAUGCUCCAGGUACUAUAGGAGCUAGAAAAAUAAACCACAUGCAGGCCUAGCCUACAAGUUGCUUUUUAGCUGUAAAAUUAAAUUCUCCCUCAGAAUCCUAAUCAUAUGUCAAGCAUCAUGCCUCAUGGGAAGGUGUAUCUGUAUCUGGGUCUCUGCUUUGGUUGUAUAUUCAUCAGUGAAAGACUAGCAGGGUAAAACAUCUGGUUAUUUCUACCUCCUGGAGGCUGGGGAGAAGAACACAAGUGACCUCAGCCUAGCUGCUUUUCUGUUUCUCCAAAUGCUGGCUGCCCUUGGAAGAGGAACAUCCUUCACCUCAGAGGCAGCAAGAUGAUGAAGGCAUCUAGUUGGAGUGUGUUGAGUAGCCAGGGAAUCUGAGGCUGUGUCUCUGAAUGCUGCUUUCCAGAUUCUGGGGUGGAGGGUGGAGAAGUGCAAUCAUCAGUGUCUGAUUGACAGUGGAAAGUGACUCACAUGAUAGUCUUGUUCAGGCCCUGCUGGAGCAGCAGAGGAGGUGGGGUGGGAGCCUAGUGCACAGAUUAGAUGGACUCCCACGGGGAGCCCAGCAAGGAAAGCAAGGUAGGCUCAGCAUCCAGGAGCCUGUUCCCACAUGACUGGUGUGUGUGUGUGUGUGUGUGUGUGUGUGUGUGUGUGUGCACGCACACACAGCUCAUUGUCAGAGAUGUUUUCAGUAAACCUCCUCUGCCUGCCUUUGGUCAGGGGCUCUUCAGAUCCUAGCUUCAUGCUUCAUUUGACUGCCAGUUGUCUGUAUUGACAGCAUCAGGAAUAAACCAUUUAUUCCAUCUCCCUUUUUCUCUGUACAUGUCAGAGCCAGGCUUUGGGGUUCAGCUAUUCCCUGAAGAAGCCACAACAGGCUGGCUUCCAAGUGAAAUGUCUGGCUUGGGGAAGGCAUCUUCCUGUUUGGAGAGGUCAGCUCAGGGCUGGUCUAAAGCAGCCUUUGGCUUCUCUGUGGGAGACACUGAGAGGCUCUUCUAGGCCCACGACUCUGAGCAAGGAGGAUUUUGGUGACUUCUAUGGAGAGGACUCAAGGGUUGGCUGUGAAUCUGUCCUUAAAGUGCUUGAGAGGUGGAAAUGUCUCCUGGGGUUUGGUCCAUCCGUGGAAGCCCGUAGGCAAGAUUCUUCAGAACAAAAUUGCCUGUGAAUGUAGGCUUACCCCUGUCCCUAGCACUGGUGGAGUGGAGAGAGGAAGGCCAUCUGACUUGGAUUCUAUCCAAGCCAGACUUGUGGCCCUAUCCCAAGAAGCUGGCAGGGGACCCUGAGCCCUCAGGCCCUCAGGUCCAUGAGGGAUGGAGAUCCCAGUGGGCAGAGCUCUUAGAGGAUCUCUCACCCCUUCCAUCUGUGUGCACUGUCAGACCCCUUCUCAGCCUGAAGCUGGCCUGCUGGACCUUUAGGAAAUGGACAUGUGAGAACGACUGGCAUACCUGUCCAUGUCGCACAGCUGGAUUCGAAAGAGAGCCAGAACCAAUUCCCCAGCCAGCUCUGCUCCCCUUCCACAUCUUAAAGCUCAGCUUCCAGAACUUUUUCUUUUUGGUGGCCAAGAUGUGGAGCAUCUUCACCAGGAAGCCAAAAGAAACUGGCUUUCUGUUCUCAUUGCCCAAGCCCCUCUGUCUCCUCUCGGGGAGGGGCUGGUGUGGUGGCUUUGGCAAGGGCUGCCCUUGCUUAUGAACCCUGGGGCUCCCCUGGGUGGGAAUAGGUAGGAGGCUCCUGGAGUAGCAGGGUGAGGGGGGUGGCUGUCCUGCUGUCCUGUGCGGAGUGUGGGCCUGUGCAGGCUCCAUGCAGGGCAUGAAAGUCUAGGCUUGGGUCAGGCACGAGCACCUGCAGAAAGACUGUAGUUUCCAUUGCUGUGCCCCAGCUGCUAAAUCUACCUGGGUUGCCUCACAGUCUUAGGACUUUACUGCCCUGAACUGCUUUGGGCUACAUUGGGAAAGGACCUUGAAAGGCUAUGAUGAUCUCCGGUCAUUUGUGUCCGUUUCUCGACCUGUAGAUGUGAUGCACACGCUUUCUGGAGUGGGCACAAGAGAAGGAGGCUGUUCCAGCCUUUUAUCACCAGCAUCCUAAUAUGCUUUUUUGCCUUUACCCCCUGCCCCAACUCCUCUGAAACUCGGUCAUAAAAGAACGACCAGGAGAGUUGGCCCGCAGCACUAGAAAUUCCUAUGACUGAGGGGCUUUAUUUUAUGCUCUUGAACAUUGAUCCCCUUGGACCUUGGGACCCAACACCACAUUGCCUCUUGCUGACUGAACAACUAGAGUUUUUGCCUUGAGCUGCUUGGCCUCAAUGUGCAACAUUGAGGCCAAUAUAGCUUUCAUGAGGUUAAAGAAAAGGGCUGCAGAUUUGGGAAGCUGUGUGUAAUGGUCUGAGGACAAUAUUUCCAUUUGGCUUCCUCUGCCUUCUUUAAAAAGCAACCAUAGCAACAAGCAAACAACACCCCCAUCCUCCACUGUGCUAGCUCUCCUCCUCUUUCAGGUAUGAUGUGAUUGUUGUCUAUCUAUAGGUGUGUGCGUGCGCACCCUGGUCCUCUGUCUUCUAGGAAUGCACAUUUCUCCCAGGUGUCAAUUGUGGCUCUUAAUGUGAAAAGUGCUGUGAUGUUUCUGCCCAGUCUAAGGGAUGUGUCAAGAUCUCUUGAUGUUUCAGUAUUGGAGAUGCGGCUGUGCCACAUCUCGCGCCAUCCUAAGGGGACAGGCUGGCGUAUUGUGAAUGUCUCCAGGAGAAUCUACAGGUUGGAAACAGCUCACAUCUGGAUGCCGGCUUACUGACCUAGGACUUGCUGGGAGGGAGAAGCAACUGUUCUUCAUUGAGAAGGCUGGCAGAAGGGCUGAGCAUGAACUGGACCCUCCCCCUCCCUGCCUUUCCUCCUGACCUCACAGGGUCUGGGAGCGGGACCUUGGAGAGGUCACGACUGCAAGCUCAUGAGAUGCUGAUCAAUGUGGGCAUCCAGCAACUGUUAUCUUUGGAACCCCUGGAUAUCCUGGUCCCUUAGUGGGACCUUUGCACAUUCAUAAAGACUGAGUCACAAACCCCCGUCUCUUCCUUGCUGUGGUUAGUAUAUUGUUCUGUGAUUGGUUAUCAGUGUAGACUACCCAUGUAGCAAAUCUUUUGUCUGCAAUUUAGAGAAUGUGUAAACAAAUAAAAGGCUUUAAAACUC